CCAAUAGGGAGUGGCGGCAGGUAUUUGAUUUUGAAAUUGGUGGCGUCGGCCUUCUCCUUGAUUGAAUCGAGUGUUUUUUUAUAACUGAGUGGUUGAGAGUUUAUGUUUUAUGAUGGAUGGUACCAAUUCUUUAGUGACAGCCAUAUCAAAUAGCGCCUUCCUCAAAAAUCUUAAGACGCUGUGGGCAGAAUGUGGGUUUAAUGCAGAGGAUGUUGCAAAGCGUGGUGAUGAGGUUAAGAAAGAAAUUGAGGAGUGCAUCCAGAAUAGUAUCCAGCAUAUUAUUUCUAGAGAGCAACAGAAGAAACAUGAGAUGCAUGAAAGGCUGAAUUCUUUAUUGCAUGAAGCUGACAAACUAAGUAAGGAACUUGAAGUUCAUUUUUAUCCUGCAUUAUAUGAUACGCUGCCUUUAUGUGAGGCUCUUACUAAGGUAGAGUGUGAAACAAGAAAACUUCAAGAGAAGAAGUGUGCACUCAUGAAAGAAAUAUUGGAGAUUUCAAAGCAGGAGGCAGAACUGUGUUCAAGUCUUGGAGAAGCUACAGAGAUUAAAGUAGAGGAUGCUCUACCAACAAGGGAUGAGAUAGCCAUUUUCAAUCAAAGACUUCGAGUUCUGCAGUCACGAAAGGCUACACUGUUCAGAGUAUUUCAGUGUAAGAAAUCAUCAAUUGUAUCAUCCCUGAGAGAACUGGGAAGUGAACCUUCUGAAGAUUUUGAAAGGAAAGUUGUGUGUGGAAAUGAUGAUGAAUUCAAACUUUCUGAAGAAAACAUGAGGAAACUGGAUGAGUUGGAGACAUAUUUUCAAAAGAAAGUUGUAGAGAGAAGGAAGUGUAUUAACGCUCUCUGGGAUAAGCUAAGAAAUCUCUGGGUGCGUCUUAAAGAGGAUGCAACAUAUCAAGGAGAUUUCUUACGUACCAACAAAGACAUUGGCAUUUCAACAAUGACAGCGCUAGAACAGGAAGUACGAAGAUGUGAAAUCAGGAGGAGGGAAAAUAUACCCCACUACAUAAAAGCUGUAAGAGAAGAAAUACAGGAGCUGUGGGAUAAAUGCUGCUUUGGAAGACGUCUGCGUUUAUCAUUCCUGGAAUUUUAUUCAGAAGGAAGUAGUGAAUCCUUACUUGAACGUUUGGAAGAGGAAGUCUCUACAUUACGAAAGUAUUAUAAUGAGAACAGGUGUCUCCUGGACCUUGCCAUGGAACAUAAAAAUCUCUGGGAAAAAUUUCUCUCACUUGAGGAAAAAUCUCAUGACAAGGAUAGGUUAUUCAAGAAUCGUGGAGGUGAGCUGCUGAAGGAGGAAAAGGAAAGAAAUCGCAUUCAAAAGGAGCUUCCAAAAAUUGAAAAUGAAAUAAAAAAACUAGUUAGAAAGUAUGUUGAGCAGCACAAUGAGCCAUUUUAUUUUUACGAUGAAGACAUUAAUGAAAAAAUAGAGACGCUAUGGACCAACUUGAAUGAAAGUCGGCAGAAGUACAAAUCUUCAUGGAAAAAACAGCCCUCAUCAAAAGAAAGUGGUGGAAUGAAACGAAAAUUGGAUUUUGAAAGUACAUCAUCACACAAGAAACAGCAGUUCGCAUACCGGCCAAAACCACAUGAAUUAGUGCCCCAGAGAGACUGUCGUAAUAAUGUGACACGUCGUAGGCUGCUGUCACCACUGCCAAAUAUGAAUGAAACAUUUGUUUCUGGCAUUGGGGAGAUCGAUGGUGGAACGUAUUCUGUUUUCAAGAGUGCUGCUCAACAAGAAAAUGGACUCCCUUCAAGUAUAAUUAACAAAAGGGAAGCAUUCAGAGACAUUAACAACACAAAACAACAUAUUACUCUAAAGACUUCAAAAAUUCCAAUGAAACCCCCACGCAAAAACAUUGGUAUGGCAGUUCGUCUCAGGCGUAACUCAUCUGAAUUUACUGAAUGCCAAGCAAAUAAAAAACUUCGACGUUCUUCUCUUCCUGAUAUGGACAUACUAUAAAUGAAAACAAAAAAGAACCUUAUUUGGUGCUCAGUGAAUCUUGAGUCAGUGCAGUUGUCAUUGUCAUUUUUGUAUUGUUUUUAACAGAAGAUUUUUAUUUAUGACUGUUCCACAUCCCAAAAGUGAUUUUUAUUUUCUAUAACUACCUUUAGACUUUGUAUUUACCUCGUUAUAAGACAACUCAGGAUAUAAGAUGACCCCCUUUCUUUGAAGACCCAACAUGUGAAUUUUUUGGUAUUUAACAUAUUCGGACUAAUAUUUGCAGACUCUUUUUAUUAUUAUAUUGAUCUGUCUGAAGAAGUUAAGUACCAUGCACCAGCUCAUACUUGCUUUGAAUUCUGCACCUCAUGCAGUUGUAAAAUUCCUCCUCAUUUCCAGCACCUUCAUUUGAUUAGUUUCUCAAGUAAUGAGUAAGCCUUUAUUCCACUUUUCUCGCAUGUACUGAACAAUCUGCUGCUUCAGUCCAUGAAAUCUUCCCCUGAAAGUUUAGCAUGUAGAACUUAAAGCAUUUAAUUUAUUCUUCAUCUGACAUCAGCUACGAAAAUUAACUUCUGUUUUAUUAGAUUUUCUUUUUGUUGCACAGACUUUUGUGGUCUCUGCUUCAGGAAUAACCAUUAACUUACAAUUAUCUGUGCGAACCAAUUGUGAACUGCAGAUUCAUAGAGUCAUGUUUCUCAACCAUCACAGAUAUGAUUUUGUAUCCAUUAUUAAUUGCUACAAUUUACUGUUCUCAUAGAAUUAAGCAAACUUAAUGACAGUAAUAAUUUAUCCUCUUAACUCCCUACAGUGGAUCAACAGGAAUUGGACUACUUUAGGCUGCAAAUGUACUUUAUCAUUUGUUGCCAGAGUUGAAAAUUUCUAUUGCUGUAGAGUAGAAGCUACUUUAGUAAUAGUGUUGUUGAACUUGCUGUUUCAUUUGGUGUGACACAAGUCAGUCCUGACUACUAAUGGAUCCAGUUUAAAUGUGAUGUAUGUUCCUAAAAAAACCAGAGACACAGCACAGUCCCAUAGCUGGCAGCAUGAAGAAAAUUGCUGCCUGCUCGCCACUAACCUCUCCACAUUUGACCAAGUUGAUGCUGCUGCAUCCUAUCCCACCCUUUUGAAAACUAAGCAGAAUUCACACCUGACUUCUCUGCAUACUUCCAAAAAGUUCACUAAAUUCUCUCUAAAGGUGGACAAAAUAAUUUUUCAAUCCAUGUUGCAGGUAUGUAACACUAUGCAUUUAAGGGUUAAAAUUGUAUUCUAUUGUGUAUUCUACUCCAGCAGUGUUUUACAUAAAUGUAUAGUAUUUAUGCUGUAGAGUGUUGUUUAUAAACCCUACUUGAUAACAGUGAAUGUGCAAUCAAGAAAAUGUAACAAAAAAUUAAUAUUUAAUAAAGUUUAAUAAGACAUUA